UGUUGGAUUCAAAGAGACUACUGAACAAACGGAGUAUAAUAAAAAUUUAUUGGAAUUUUAUUUUACUGACAGUUUAAGAAAAUUUUCAUGCUGAAUAAGAAAAUAUUCUGGCAGUUUUUGAAAAUAGCUUGUUUCAACCCUUUCUCUCUCUGGCUCUCUUUCUUUGAGCUAAAACUGAGCUAAGAAUAGAAUAUAAACAAUGGGGAAGCAUGAAGUAGGCACACCAAAGUACAUCGCUAAUAAAAUCAAGGCAAAAGGAUUGCAGAAGUUAAGGUGGUAUUGUCAAAUGUGUCAAAAACAAUGUCGGGAUGAGAAUGGAUUCAAAUGUCACACGAUGUCAGAGUCACAUCAUCGGCAGCUAUUGCUGUUCGCAGAAAAUGCUCAUCGAUAUAUGGAUCAAUUCUCACGGGAAUUUUCACAGGGAUAUCUGAAUCUAUUGAAAAGACAAUUUGGCACCAGACGAGUACCAGCAAAUCGAGUAUACCAAGAGUACAUUGCCGAUAGAGGACAUAUACAUAUGAAUGCAACUCAAUGGCUCACUUUGACUGCAUUUGUAAAAUGGCUUGGACGUACUGGACAGUGUGUUGUCGACGAAACCGAAAAAGGCUGGUAUAUAACAUAUAUUGAUAGGGAUCCUGAGACACUUGCAGCACAGGAAAGAAAAGCGAAGAAGGAAAAAAUGGACAAAGACGAUGAAGAACGACUGAUGGAUUUUAUUGACAAGCAAAUAGAAAGAGCAAAACAGGAUACAAAAGAUGAGAAGGGUGAGACAUCUAAGACACCAUUGAUGCGUCCUGAGAACGAUACACCUUUGGUCCUUGACAUAAAGCUAAAACCAAAACCAAAAUUGCUUCCUGUUCUUGAAGUAAAGCAGGAGAAGAUAAAAAGUGAAGAUAGCCAAAGUAAAUCAGUUUCAAAUAAAUCAAUCGAUGAGAAAAACGAAAAACUCAAAAGAUCCAAUAAUGACAAUAAAACAGAAUCUGUCAAGAAGUUAAAAAAUAAUGAUGAUCCUUCUGCAUCUGAAGGUUGGCUUAGGGAAGGUUUAAUGGUUAAAGUAACCACGAAGAGUCUAGGUGACAAAUAUUACAAAGCUAAAGGCGUUGUUCAAUCAAUUGGAAUAGAUGGUUUCGUUGGUAAAGUAAAACUGAAGACACCAGAAGAAGUUAAUGGACAUAUUAUACGACUAGAUCAAGAAUAUUUAGAGACAGUAAUUCCUGCGAUAGGUAAAGAAGUUCUUAUUCUUUGGGGAAAACAUAAAGGUAUAAGAGCAAUAGUGAAAAAAUUACAUAUAGAGCAUUAUAGCAUAGAUGUUGAACUCGAAAAAGAUAAGCAAAUCUUGAAGAAACUGCCAUAUGAACAAGUAUGCAAGUAUGUAGAUUGAAAAACAAUUGUGUGAAAAAAAUACUAGGAAAAAGAUAUUAUAUUUUAACGUUAUUCAGUGAUAGCUUGUAUUACAUUCGUAUUACUUUGAAGAGCACCUGUGUACAAAUUUAACAGCUAAAUAAGAAAUUUCAAGCUUGUAUAUAAAGCAUAUAUCAUAA